AUGCGUUUAGUAAGACGAAUUGAAUCGGAAAUGUCUAUUUUCAAUAAUAAUUUUAUGGAUUUUGAUAAUAAUAACAAUCAUAUUUAUGCUGAAUCAGAUGGCAGAAGUUCACCGUCGUAUGAUUUUAAUAGUGAAAAUAAAUUAACAGAUGAUGAUGAUGAUCGAGAAGAAAAAUCAAGUCGAAAACGAACAACAAAAGUAUUAACAAAAAAUAGUCGUAGUCGAUUAAUAAAAGGUCGGGUAAAAAAGUCUAAAAAGAAGAAAAAUAUACGACGUGGACGAGGAAAAUCGAUUAUCAAUGAACAUUUACUAUUAUUCAAAGAUGAUGAUGAAGACUACGGCGCUCAUGAUGAAGAUAAUAAUAAUAUAUUUCCACCACAAUCAUUGGCACAACGUCAUGCAGCAAAUCUUCGUGAACGAAAACGUAUGCAAAGUAUUAAUGAUGCUUUCGAAGGUCUAAGAACACAUAUACCCGUACUACCCUAUGAAAAACGACUAUCCAAAGUUGAUACGUUACGUUUAGCAAUUGAUUACAUAGCAUUUUUAACUGAUUUAUUAGAUCAAGACAGUAUUUAUAAUAAUCAACGUUUUCGUCAAAAUAUUAAUAUGAUUGGUGGAACAUGUCCCAAUAUAAAUCAAAAGAAAAUAAUCUUAAAUUGUCAUUCAGACGAGCCAAUUAAUAUUACUGGUCAUUCUUUAUCAUGGUUUGAUAAUUUUCCCACAUAUGUCACAACUUCACCUUCGAUUGAUCAUGCUUGUAAUCCUUAUCAAUCUAAUAUCGUAAUAACAGCUAAAAUAUGGAUACCAGAAAUUAUGUCGUCGAAUCAAUCGCUUAAUACUUCAUCGGAAGAACCAAAAUGUGAUAUUGAUUGUGCAAGUUAUAGUGAAGAAGAAGAACGACAACAAAAUAUGGAUGAAAAUGGUCGUCAAUGUUUAUUGAGAAAACCGACAAUUGCCAGUAAUUUUAAACAUGAUUAUGUAAGACACACGACUCCAACAACAAUAAGAAAUCAAAUGAUUGUCGAUGAUUUACAGUAUUCACAGAAUACAUCCGUUAAUAAUAACACAAAUACUAGUGGUUUAUGUUAUUAUAACGAAUUUAUUGACAUGGCCGGUGACUGGUAUACGAGAUUACGCAAUGAUAAUUAUUGUCCUCCAACAACAUCAUGUUCAUGGUCAAGAAAUGAUGAAACCGGAAAUCAUUUAACAACAAACGGAAAUUUAACAAUGCCAUCAUUAUCUGAUGAUCAUUCUUCACCAAUUUCCUCUUCAUCCUCGCCACCAUCUCAUACAUCUGACACAACAAGACAUUUAUUUGAUAUAAAUACAGCAAUUGGCUUCUCCAAUUCACAACGUCUACAAUAUGAAAAUGAACAACUAAUGGAGACAACAUCCGUUGUUUAUCCACAUCCACCACCUCUGAUAUGUCUACCAACAUCAUAUAAUAAUAAUCUACUCGAUUCUACAUAUUACGCAACAUUAGCAAAUGGUUUUGGGCAACAAUCAGAUUAUCAUGUAUUUUCAUGUGGAUGA